AGCUUAUUUCUAUCAGGCGUGAUAUCGUAACGGGAACCAGUUGCUAUUGGCCACGAGCGUGAGCUUUGGUAUCGUAGAUUGUUGGUGGACCAAUGAACAGUCGAGCCACAUCCCCUCGGUUCAUCACGCCUAUCGGAGAUGAGACUGGCCCGUGGCUGCGUGACUCGCGUCAUCGCGAUGUAUUAAGCUUCCACCAGGUCCGGAGUUGAUUCCGAGGUCCAGUCAUCCGAAAACACUUAGCGACGCAUCAGCGCAACGUCUGCCAAGUGGCAAGUCUAAAUAAUUGACCCCACCGUUCGGCGCCGUGCAAACAAUUUACAUCGGGCACACGUAAAUAACGGCCCUCUUUCCUCUUCUUCCUGAUUGUGAUUACGUGCAGAAACGCGUGGCCGCCGCACGCGAAUUCGUUCACGGCGCGCGAAGACGGCUAACACAGUAAACAUAAACAAUAAAUACAGCGAAAUUCGAUUUCAAGCUGCGAUCGUGAGUGAGACAUCGACCAGGUGACGUGAGCGACGAGGACGCUAUACACACAAGGGCUACUGUUUGAGGACGUUUGAAGUUUUCUUGAUAAUCUCUUCGAUCACUAGAUCUGUCGCGGUAUGAAAUACACCUGAAACUGGAAUUUGUGAGAUUAUUGUGUCUAAAGUAACAACAUACCUGCUACUGUUUAAUUUCCCCAAGGAGUUACUGAAUGAGCAGUGAAGUGAAUGAACUGUAGCUUGAAUUUUAGAAUGUUCACUAUCGCGUGACGAUCAGUCACGACCGAUCAAACUAUGGAUCAGACAGUGAUCGUUCCGUCGACUGCUCGCGGAAGCAGCGUGGACAACGCGCGAAUCACGAUGAAGAACGAAACUGACUCGAGUCUGCAUAUUCAAGACCAGUCUACCAUAGCCCAUUCCAAUUCCGCGUCAGUGAUACCUCGAUCCAAUUUAUCGAUGACGAACAAUCUGAAUCAGGAUCAGAGUUUAGACCCGUUGAUACACAAUCCGUCUAGUACAGAGUUACCAAGAAAGCCUGGAGCGCGGCGCCAAGAGAAACCACCGUAUUCUUAUAUAGCGCUGAUAGUAAUGGCGAUUCAGUCGAGUCCGGGGAAGAGAUUAACGCUUUCAGAGAUCUAUUCGUUUCUUCAGCAACGCUUCCCCUUUUUCCGUGGCGCUUAUCAAGGCUGGAAGAACUCGGUACGCCAUAAUCUGAGCUUGAACGAGUGUUUUAUCAAACUUCCAAAGGGUUUGGGAAGACCAGGCAAGGGUCAUUAUUGGACAAUUGAUCCCUCGACGGAGUACAUGUUUGAAGAGGGAAGUUUUCGUCGGCGACCACGAGGUUUCCGUCGCAAGUGCCAAGCCCUAAAGCCACAAUAUCCUCAAUACUUUUCCGGAAGUGGUCCAGUGACUGUCCAAACUGCCGGAUAUGAAAAUUUAACGCCUGGUGGCAUGGAAUACGCGAAUGGCUAUCAGAAUCAGUAUCAAAAUUACCAAGAAUACGCGAUGUACGCACCUGGUGCAGCGGUCUCCGCUGAUUGGGCUUACCCUGAGGCCACGUACAAGACACCGCCCAUAGCAGAAGUAACAUACAAGACGACUGAAGUCACGUACAAAACUGGAGAACCGUCUGUGUACAGAAAUGGAGAAAUUGUAGCGUUUAAGAGCGAGCCUGGAUACGCGGCCAGGAGUCAGGAUCAAUUAGCUUACAGAGCUACAGAUGGAUUCUCCGUGAAGGAUCAUCAACAGCAUCAUUCAGAGACAAUUUAUAAGGAGAACGAGGCUAUGAUGUCCUAUAAGUGUGCGUCUAAUCCCGCGCCGACUACUCAAGCACCUGGACAAGAUUAUUACGUCGGUUAUGGACUUGCAGGGGUCAAUAAUACUGGAAGCAAUGUGAACGUCGCUAUGCAGGGUAUCUCAGAACAGACUGGCAACACCAGCCCCGUAGGAAAUGUCAGUUCUCCACAAAGUGGAUGUCAAACACCUGUAACGGAUAAUGGUAUAAAGAUGCAGUGCUCUAACUCAAAUUCGAACAGUUCCGGAGGUGGGUUGAUCGAUCGCAAACCACCCUACUUUAGUCAUCCAGCCGGGUCGUUUACCUUGAGCUCGUUAAGCUCUCUAAACUCGCUCAACAUACCUGGCACAGUUUCCUCCAACAUUCAUCAUACGACCACGACGCCGCCGACUUACUACGAUCAGAUUAAAUAUAGCAUGUGAAAUAUGUGACGAUCUAGAACAAAAAGAUACAAUGUACUUCUUAUUAAUUAUGUAACAUUGGUGCCGAUGAAAUUUCGAAACAGUGCGGUAGAAUGAAUAUUCAAUGAUAUUUACGAUUGAAACUCUAUUGCCAAUGAAAUUUAUACGAGUACAAAUUCUACAAAUUUGUAAAGAAAAGGAGAAAUCUGUUUUUCAAACGAUUGC